AUGGAAAAGGAAAUAAGAGAACCGUCGACGAACCCCGUACCCGCUCAAGAUGCAAAUGCAAAGGCGGGGACGAGUAGCGGGGAUCAUGCCGAUGUCGAGUAUUCGGUCUUUACAGAUGGCCAGCGAAGAUUUAUUGUCUUCAUGGCAUCUUGGGCUGGCUUCUUCUCCCCCGUUUCAUCUCAAAUCUACUUUCCCGCAUUGAACACCUUGGCGAAAGAUCUGCAUGUGUCCAAUUCGCUGAUCAACCUGACAUUGACGAGUUACAUGAUCUUUCAAGGGCUGUCGCCCAUGUUCAUUGGUGACUUUGCAGAUAAAGCCGGGCGACGUCCAGCAUAUAUCGUGUGCUUCGUCAUCUAUAUCGCAGCCAAUAUCGGACUUGCCCUGCAAAACAACUAUGCUGCUCUAUUUGUUCUCCGAUGCUUGCAAAGCGCAGGGAGUAGCACCACUAUUGCCCUUUCAUCUGGGGUGGUGUCUGAUGUUGCCACUGCAUCAAAGCGAGGCUCCUAUAUGGGAUUCGUCACGGCAGGGUCUCUCAUGGGCCCCUCAGUUGGACCGGUUAUAGGAGGUCUGUUGUCUCAAUAUCUGGGAUGGCGGGCAAUCUUCUGGUUUCUGACCAUCUUUGCGGGGGCUUUCCUGAUUCCAUUUCUGGUCUUCUUCCCCGAAACAGCUCGGAGCGUCGUCGGUGAUGGCUCAUUGCCUCCUCAGAAAUGGAACAUGUCCUUGAUAAACUACUUAGAGUCCCGAAAGGCUCGUCAGGCGGGCAUUGAAUCUCCGGUUACUGCACCCAGACAGAAACUCAAGUUCCCCAAUCCCUUCCAGACGCUUGCAAUCGUCUUCCAGAAAGAUACCAGUCUCAUCCUCUUCUGCAACGCUCUUCUGUUUGCUGGAUUCUACGACGUGAGCGCAAGCAUUCCGUCCAUCUACAAUGAACUCUACGGGCUGAACGACCUCCAGGUCGGUCUAUGCUAUAUCCCCUUUGGCCUUGGUGCGACUCUUGCUUCUAUUGGCAACGGCAAGUUCCUGGACUAUAACUACCGCCGGCUCGCAAAGCAGUUGAACUUCCCACUAGUCAAGAAUCGCCACACUGACUUGCGAAACUACCCCAUCGAAAAGGCUCGUUUGCAGAUUGCUUUCCCUCUUCUUGCAGCAGGAAGCAUCUGUGUCCUUGUGUUUGGGUGGUUCUUGGACCAGAAAGUUCACCUCGCUGCGCCUACGUGUAUUCUGUUCCUCAUGGGAUUGUCCCUGACAGGCGCUUUCAACACCAUCAGUACACUCCUGGUGGAUCUUUACCCGACGCAGGCAGCUAAGGCCACUGCUGCGAAUAACUUCGUGCGUUGCCUUCUGGGUGCCGGCGCCACGGCACUCAUCGACCCUAUGCUUUCUGCCAUGGGCCGAGGCUGGUGUUUCACAUUCAUUGCAUUGGUGAUGAUGGCCACAUCGCCACUGCUCUUGGUUGUGAUCUGGAGGGGACCAAAGUGGCGCGAAGAGCGUCGGUUAAAGGAAGAAGCUAAGAGCAUUGGGAAGGAUAAUGCUUUAAGAGGUCAGAAGUGA